GGCCCUAAGACACUUUUCGAACGUUUCUCAACAUUCGUCAUGCCACCACGAUUUGGAGGAGCACCUACAUGCCCACGGUGCAACAAAGCCGUCUAUAUGGCUGAACAGGUUAUUGGUCCCGGAGGACAUUGGCAUCGUGCCUGCCUUACCUGCAAGGAAUGUAACAAACGUCUGGACUCUACAACAUUAACUGAACGCGAUGGCGAGGCUUAUUGCAGAACAUGUUAUACUCGUCAGUGGGGCCCCAAGGGAUAUGGAUUUGCGGGUGGAGCGGCGUUCUUGUCUACAGAGAGCAAGUUGCCCAGUCAAAUACUGCAACCAGAAUCUCGACUCGAGAACGUAUCAUCCAGUGCGUUCCCUUCAUCGCCAACCGUAUCCACUGAAAUCAAUAAUAAACCAGCACCACCACCUCUGCCGGUUCGACCAAAGGAACAGCCUCAAUCGCCCGCAACUCCAACGACGUCCUUCUGGGGAAGACAAUCAAGCGAACAACCUUCCAGUCGAGACUCGUCCCAGUCAAGGCCAUCUGAACAGCAAUCCGAGCCCCCAAAAUCUUCGUACAUCAAUUAUCAGACAUCGUAUAAACCGAAAAAAUUCGGUUUCACUGUACAAAACGACAUUUGUUCGAAAUGUCACAAGGCGGUCUAUGCAGCUGAACUGGCACUGGGCGCAGGGAAUAAGUACCAUAAAUCAUGCUUGAAGUGCUCCCAAUGCGGCAAGCUGUUGGAUUCUACCAAUAUGCAAGAUAAAGGAUUCGAUCUGUACUGUCGAAGUUGCUACUCCAAAUCUUUCGGCCCCAAAGGAUUCGGUUACGGAAAUUUGCUUUCCCCCGAAGGUGCCACGCGCUAGAAAUUCACCGCCUUUGGUCAUCCUUCACAGUGUGCGAAUCCUAACCGCCGUACAUGGGUGCUUCCAAAUUUUACAUCUUAAACUCCGUAUCGAAUUCCCCAAAAAUAAAGCCACACUAUUCAUGAUGUAA